AUUACAUUUAUCUGCUCAUGUUUGGUUCAAAUGUUGUAAAUAAAUGUAUAUGUUCUUCUGUUCAAAUUGUCAAAUGCUCAAGCACAUGUAUGCAUAUGAUUUUAACUUGUUUUGAAUGUAACUGAAUGUAUGGGCAGGUGAUGUAAUGUCAUUAUUCUACUCAGCUUUCUCCAAGGUGGAUGAAGAGACUUACAAAACUGGUCUUAACCUGCACCAUAGAACAACAGCAUUCCAACUCAAGCCAGAGCCCACACGUAGUUCUUUAGAGAGGAAAAAAGAAAAGCCAGUUUUCCUUAGCCAGCUGUCUCCAGCUGCUGUGACCGAAGGGGAAACAACUAGGUUUACCGUCACAGUGGCGGGCUUUCCCAAGCCAUCUGUUCAAUGGUUCCACAACGGGAAAGGCAUCACAGCUUCAUCUACACAUACAUUCACUCAUGAGCAAGAUGAAUACAGUCUGAUCAUUAACAAAGUUGAGAGAACAUUUGAAGGAGAGUACUCGUGUACAGUAUGCAACCGGUUUGGUCAGUCGAACUGGAGUUCAUACCUGCAUGUUCAUUUGAAGGACCUAGUGGGAUAUGAAAAGGAGGUUGAAAAGGGGGAUGACCCACCCAACAAGCCCCCUGACUUCAGUCAAAAGAUUGAACCUCUUCAUUCCCCUCAGGGGGGUCAGGCGUUGUUUAGAUACAAGGUAACAGGAAGCCCCUUGCCUGAAGUUCAGUGGCUUAGAGGAAGCUACCGCAUCAAACCAAGUCAAUUCUGUAUCAUAGUCAACAACUCAGAUGGCUCUGGCCUCAUGCAAAUAAAGAGCAUCAAACAGGAGGACAGCGACAUCUACACUUGUAAAGCCUCAAACCAUUUUGGAGAGGCUUUAUGUAGUGCUGAAUUGGAGGUUUUCAGGGAGGCUGUUCAGCAGGAACAGCGCACAGUUAUUCAAGAAAGAGGCUACAAGGUAACCAUGACUGAGAAAGCCACAGAGUCAUGCUUAUACCCGGUCAGCCUUCUAGGACAGGAAAUAUCUAGUUCAGAUCAGAUGGUUUACACCAUUGGCACUGAAGACAGGCAGGUCAUUACCAGUGAGCAGGUGGGCACCAUUAGAGAUCUGAAUAUUUCUGCCACCAGUCUUCAGAGAGAGCAGGUCACCCACCAGGCUGCCGUUCUGCAGUCCCAUGAAGUGGAGGAGAGGGUGUCAGUGGCUCCUGCCCAUCCAUCGUACAUUUCAGCAGUCCCACUCAAACAGCUUCACAUGGCAGCGUUUACCUCUUCUGUCCUGGAGAGUCAGCAGUUUAUUGAGCAGCAUUUCAACCGCAUCCUGAGCCCUGAGCUGGUAGAGGUGGAAUUUGUUAAAGAGCAGCCGUCUAGGCUAAUGUCAGCCAUAGCUCAAGAGGUUGUUCCUUUUACAACAGUCAAACCAGAGGUCCUUCCAGACAACGCAUCAGAGCAGCUCCUCACAUCUUCUGAACCCCAACAGGUUGUGUGUGGUUACCAGGUGCAGUCUGCUUUACCUAUCAAAGAAACAUCUGCCCUGAUAGUGAGGCAGGAGGAACAGAAGUGCUUUAGAGUGAAAGAGGGCAUGAAGAUCCUGUACACAUCCAAUUGUGCUGGGCAGCUUCCGAUAAAUGAAAGACACGUAGAGCCUCUGGUUGCUUUAGAAUCAGCCACUGAACCUCUGAUAGACAAGGAAAGGCCUGAGCAAGUUCUAGCACCUGUCAGUGAAACAACUCUGAUUUUAGCAAAAGAAAAUAAGUUUGCAAUGUGCCGAUCAGAGGAAGAGAGUACGAUCCCAUGGAAAGACACAGUAUGUUGGUCAGCUCAGUGCAUUGAGGAAACCUACAAGAUCCAAGCAGAGUACUCAGGGUUAAAUCAAGGGUUGGAAUCCUCCUUAUCUCUGCAGUCCCAGAGAGAAAAGGAACGACUUCUGUAUUUACAAGUUAUCUGCGAUCAGGACAUUUUACAAUCUGAGGGAAGAUUUUUGAGUGAGGAGCCUUUAUCAGAGCAGGCAAUUGCCGGUAAGAAUACUGCUUUGCUUUAUCCAGUCACCCAGACUGAGCAAAAGUCAUUGGUUUGUGAAACUACUUCUGGAUUAUCUGUAAUAACCAAAUCAAAAAGGGUUCAGCCUAAGAAAGAGGUGCCACCAACCUUUUUUCUUCAUUCAGUCCAAGAUGUGACUGCUUUACCUAAGGAGGGUUUUCUUAGCAUUACCAAACCAGAGCAGCAGGUGGCAGCACAGAAACAGACGAAGACCAGGAGUCAUGCAGCCACCUAUGAGGAGCGAAGGGAGAUCACAGCAGAUAAUCACAAAGAUCUUGAUAUGUCGGAGACAGGAGUUAAAUCAAAGCUAGGGUCGGAGCCUAGACCUCUUAAUAUCCUACAGGUGACCUCCCACCCCAUGGAACUCCCAAAAGAGACUCCUUUCCCCCACGACAUGAAACAGGAGCGUGCCUUAGUUCAGAGGGAGGAGCGUUGGAAUUUGAUGAAUGUCACCACCUUAGAAGACAUCCAGGCUUUGGUGGAGGCCCAUACUGAGAGUCUGGCUGCUGAGAAUACAUUCACCUGCCAGACAGCUGUAGAGCCAAAGGUUCCCACAGAGCCGGUCCAGGUUGAGAAGAAGGAGAUCUCUACUGAGAUCAGUUUGUCUAUAGAGGCAGCAGAGCAGGACGUUGCGGUUCAGAUCCAGGAGGGCCAGUCAGUUAGACAGUCAAUCAUGAUGGUCGAAAAGCAUGUGCUGAAAGGAGAGUUUUCCCAUGAGAUAAUCAAGUCAGAGUCCUCUAAAAUCAGUGUUAUCACACAGCCUGAACUAUAUUUAAUGGCCCCACAGACUGAGGAGAGCACAGCACUGCCCAAAGAGCUGACAUUUGUGAUUCAGAUUCCCAAACCAUCAAGUGUAAAUAUUAGACGUCAGCUGAAAGAUGCUCUUCAGUCUGCUGUGGCCCAGGAACAACCACUGCUACUGGCCGAUGUGGUGGGAAAGUUAGAGGCAGCACAGAUCCAGGAAGUUAGGGUUCAGAAAGAGCCAAAACUGGCAAUGUUCACAUACCUUGUCACGUCAUCUGGUGCAGCCAUAGAAAUCUCUCUGGCUUUUGACGGUGAGUACCUCCAGACAGCUGACCUGAGGUCAGAACUGCAGGCAGCCUUCCACUCUAUAGUUUACCAGGAGUCCCAGGUUCUGACUCUAGGGCCCAGUACUAUUUUGCUAGACAGCCCUCAAAAGUUACAGGCAGCCUCUGCACUUUCCAAAGAGCUGCUGACAUCUGUAGUGGACUCUAUUACUGUAUCAGAAAGAACAAGGGGAUGGCAUUCCCCUGUGUCUCAUUCGGCUUCUGUGAAGACUGAGGACGGGGUUACCUAUAACAGUGUUUCUGUUCAUGAAUGCGCAGAGAUCCUGGAGUUAGGGUUAGGUCCCCAGCAGGAUGAGGGAGCAUCUGAUCUGACCACCACUGUGGCCAAGGUGUCUGUUGAACAGCACGUUCAUAGAGAAACCAAGGAAGAGUAUCUCUCUGAGGCCUUUAUGAUCAGUGGGUUCUCGGACAGUAUCGUAGACUAUCCCAUAGUUAUGAACCCUCUAGAUCAUGAGUGCAUUGAGGAGCACAGUCAUGCUGUUUUAAGCACCACCAUAAAGUACGUCACCAAGGUUAACUGGCUUUUCAAUGGUAAAUUGGUCAAAUCUGGCAAAGACUUCACGUGCUCUAAAGACAAUGACACAUACACACUUAUUAUCAACAAAGUUAUCAAGGAGCAUCAAGGAGAAUAUAUCUGUGAGGCUGAGAAUGAAGCUGGCAAGACAAGAACAUCCUCAAGACUAACUGUGGUCUCAAGAGGUUUGAAAAUGAGGAUUACUUUGAUAUCACCAUCCCAUAAUAAUACUACUGCUGUCAUGUGAAAAACUUGGAACUCAUUUCUUUCCCUUAGGAAUGUUUACAUUUAAAUCAGGCUUCAUGGA